GAUGCGAUCGUACAUAGCGGUUAGUUAGUUGAAACCAUGUGGGAUACCAACAACGACAUGGUGCAACGUGAUAGGUUUUUCGAGAGCGAAUGCAUUGGAUACCGAGCACUGUGUGACAGAUCAUUGAAAGCAGAUGAAUCUUCAAAUCGAAAACUGACUUUCGGCAUCGAGCGUUUGUUGAGUAUGCCGACCACUGCACAGCGCGAGAUAAACCGAUGCGAAACUAUCCUGUCCGGCUCCUGUAAUGAAGAUGGACAAAUUUACAGUAAAUGUGACUGUUGUGACGAAUACAAAGGCAAUGAACUUUUGUCUAACUUCUCAAAGUUUUUCAUCAGUGACAGUGAUAUGAGCCCGGGAAGAGCAAAGUACGGUUACAGUGAAUGUAAACCAAAUGUACAGGAAUGUGGAGAAACAAGUGAUUAUGUGGCGUUCGGGGCAGCAUGCAAAAACGAUAAAAGUUAUGCUAAAGUAAUACGUAAACCGCUGCCGCUACGAAUUGGAAAUGUGCAAUUAGGAAAAGACGAUUUCACCUCACUCCAAACAGCAGAAUCGAUCACAUUUCCACGCACAACAACGACGAUAACAUCUCGCUCCGUAGACUCAUGGCGAUGUGAUGCAGUAGCAGCUCCAUUCAUUGAUAAAUUCAAUGAAUGUUCUUUAUAUAAAGUACAAUCACCAUCGGUGGACGUUACUAGCUUACGAUCCAACAGCGGUAUAUCUUCGGCCUUUAGUAAAUCAGGGAGUCAGGCUAUCAUUUCACGGCGUAAAAGAUCGUGGUCUCGAGCAGUGUUUAGCAGUUUACAACGAAAAGGGCUCGAAAAGACAUUUCAAGAACAAAAAUAUAUUACUAAGCCCGAUAGAAAGCGCCUAGCUGCUACUCUUGGACUGCACGAUGCACAGGUAAAGGUGUGGUUUCAAAAUCGCCGCAUGAAGUGGCGACACAUGGUUAAAAACACUUCGUUACUUUCAAUUCCUCACCAUAAAGAGAUUGACCACUCUCAGGCGGCAUCACCGACCUACAUGAAUUCUGACAUGCCAGAAAUGUUAGUCUUGGACGUCAGCGAAGAAAAUGAAGACGACGAUGUAAUAAUUGAUUAGAUAUCAAUGGUAAAAACACGUGUUAAUAAAUAUACAAUGCGGAUUGUAUUGCAUGCGUUAAGUAAAAUGACAUAUUCCAAAAUUAUGUUACACGAAACAAAUAAUUAUUCUGCUAAUCUGAAGCGAAACCAUGAAAAACAGUAAAUCUUUUUCAAUUAGUAUAUCACUUAAAAGCUUUUUCGCCGCAUGAGCAAAUCGAAAAAAAAAUCAGGGUUCGUUCUUGCAUUUUGCUUUUUAGUUUUCCGAUAAAUGUUGAUAAAUUGGAACUUAAAACAGGGGUGGAGCGCAUGAAAUAUGCACCUUCACAAAUAUUUUCCGGACCAACCAGUGGCACUGUGAAUUAAUGAGCAAAUGCCAUACAAAUUGCUGCGUAACAGUGCCAUGAUCAUGGUAUGACGAAAACAAAAACUACACUGCUUGGCA